AAUUAUGUUACAAAAAAAUAUCAAUUUAGAGAUGUGCGUUAUAGUGAUAAGGAUUCCAAGAUUAAUGUUUUAUUGGUAAUCUUUCAUUAGGUUUAAUUGUGGCCAAUAAUCUGUUAAUACUCACAUUACUAUAUUAAGGCAGUAUUAAAUAAAAUUGUCUAAUUAAUUUUCAAGUUUUUGUGAGAGUAAUAAAAAAAUAUUAUUUUUUUGAGGUUACUAUUCAAAUAUUUAUAAGUUCCUACCUAUGUGUUACACAAAACAAUUUAAAAAUAAUAACACUACAUAAUUAUAACAAACAAAAAUUUUAAUUUAUCUUAAAGACAAUGAAUAUUUUUAAUAGAAUGACAAUAAUCAAGGAAUGUUUGAAAGAAACUUUUCAAUCGAAAGUUCGGUGGAAGUCGACGAUAUAUGCAUUGUCGUCAGGUGUUGGUAAAUGUGGAGUUUCUAUAAUUCGUGUUUCUGGAUCUUGUGCGUCCAACGCAGUAUUGGGUAUGACAACAUUGUCAAAACUACCGGAGCCUAGGAAAGCUUAUCUCAAAAAGAUAAUUGAUCCUAUAACAAGAGAACAUCUGGAUAAUGGGUUAUUAUUGUGGUUUCCAGGACCGAUGAGUUUCACUGGAGAAGAUAGUUGUGAAUUUCAAGUUCAUGGAGGCAGAGCAGUAGUUUCGUCAAUUCUUCAAGGCUUAUCUAAAUUACCUAAUUUUCGUCCAGCUGAUCCAGGAGAGUUUACUAAGAUGUCUUAUUACAACAAUAAAAUGGAUUUAACCGAAGUAGAAGGAUUGUUUGAUCUCAUUAAUGCUGAUACAGAAUUCCAACAAAAACAAGCAUUGAUGCAGCUUGAAGGUUCUUUGAGAAAGUUGUACAGUUCUUGGAGAUGUAUCCUUUUAGAGAAUUUAUCCAAUGUAGAAGCCUAUAUUGAUUUUAGCGAAACUGAUAAUAUUGAAGAAAAUAUAUUAGAUGACGUCAAUUUAAGCCUAGAAAAUCUAGUCUCAGCUAUAGAAGCACAUCUAUCAGAUAAUAGAUCUGGCGAACUUUUACGUGAUGGUGUCAAAGUAGCAAUUAUUGGAGCUCCUAACACUGGAAAAAGUAGUUUUUUAAAUUUCAUGUGUAAUAGAGAAGCAGCUAUAGUGACAAACAUACCUGGCACUACAAGAGAUAUUGUUCAAGUAUCUCUAGAUAUCUCAGGGUAUUCAGUAAAUUUAAUUGAUACUGCAGGAAUUCGUUGUAAAACAUCAGAUAUUAUUGAAGAAAUAGGAAUUAAUAAAGCUAAAGACCAAGCUCAAUGUGCAGACUUAGUAAUACUUAUCGUUGAUGUUCAACAAAUUCUCAAAGCUAAAGAUAUAAACUUUUGGUUUCAAGAAUAUAGUGAAAAAAUGAAUGUUGAUUUGAAAAAAUGUCUUAUUUUUAUUAAUAAGGUUGAUACAGUGUCUAUUAAUCAAUUGUCUAAACUUAAGGAUAUGUCGAUUCAUUCAUCUUUUAAAGUAUGCUUUGGUUCUUGUAUUACAAAUAAAGGAUUAACCAAGGUUAUGUCAGCAUUUAAGAAUCAUUUACAUAAAUUGUGUGGGAAUCCCAAUUUUGAACAACCUCGCUGUAGUCAAAUUAGGCAUAGAUAUUGUCUGGAAACGUCGUUGUUCAACAUUAAAAAAUAUCUUGAGGUAUCACGAAUUGAUAUGAAUGUUGACGUUGCAGCUGAUUAUUUGCGCAGAGCAACUCAUUAUAUUGGAAAAAUUACUGGACACGUGUCUACUGAAGAAAUGCUUGAUACGAUAUUUUCCAAAUUUUGUAUUGGCAAAUAAAAGAGUAAAAGUAUUGAAUUUGUAUAAUAGAUAAAAUUGGUUUUAACUGCGUACAUAGCUAGUAUAUUUUUGUAAAGGUAUUAAUAGUUUUUAUUUUAAGCAUAAUUUGAAUAAACUAAAUCUCCUAUAUCAAUUUUUAGGGUAUCGUAUUAUAUUGCAUUAUUACGUAAAAAAAAUUUAUUGAUCAAUAUCAUUUUGAUCAACAAAUUUUAUUUCUUUUUGAGUUACGAUAAACUUUUUUAAAUAUACAGAUUCAUUAAAACUUUAAAUAUAAUGUAGGAACACAACUCAUUAUUUUUUUAGGUUAGUUGAAAGGUCCAAUUUCUAAGUUACUUGUCUAAAUGAUAAUUUUAGUCAUUAAAUUAGAUUAUUUAGUAUUUGUUUCAGUUAUUAAAACCAAUUACUUUCAAUAAUUUUAUAUCUAAGUUGGAAAAACUCAUAGAAAUUACUAAGGAAACUCAUGAUG